AUGGACGUUCGUCGGCGUCCGCUUAAGAAACUCCUCCACCGCUCCUCUAAACCAUAUAAAUCCGGCCAACUCCUCAAACACCAAGACCAACAAAAACCCUCCGACGCCUUCCCACUCCCACUUCACGUCACCAAUGCCCUUUUCUUCGCCAUGUUCUUCUCCGUCAUGUACUUCCUCCUCCACCGUUGGCGUGACAAGAUCCGAAACUCCACCCCUCUCCAUGUCGUCACCUUCUCGGAGAUGACUGCUCUAAUCUCCCUCCUCGCCUCCGUCAUCUACCUCCUCGGCUUCUUCGGCAUUGAUUUCGUCCAAUCCAUUCUCCGCCCUUCUCCGGCGUCAUGGGUAAUCGAAGAUGAUAACGCAGAAGAAGAUACCCCGGUGAAACCAUGUGGACAGGCGUUGAUUCCCCACAUUUUGCCCACCAACCUCACGUCGGAAAUGGAGGUGGAGAAGAAGAAACCACCUCCCACCAUCGACUACAACCCGGAGGAGAACGAGGAGAUCGUGAAGCAGGUGGUGGCGGGUACCAUUCCUUCCUAUGCUCUCGAAACAAAGCUGGGGGAUUGCAGGCGUGCAGCAUCGGUUCGGCGGGAGGCUCUUGAAAGGAUCACCGGAAAAUCCUUAACCGGGAUGCCACUUGAGGGUUUUGAUUACGAGUCCAUUUUAGGGCAGUGCUGUGAGAUGCCGGUGGGUUAUAUUCAGAUUCCGGUGGGGAUUGCAGGACCACUGUUAUUGAAUGGGGCUGAGUUUUGUGUACCAAUGGCGACGACGGAGGGGUGUUUGGUGGCUAGUACCAAUAGAGGUUGUAAGGCAAUCUACAUGUCGGGUGGUGCCACGUGUAUGCUGCUGAAAGACGGGAUGACGAGGGCGCCGGUGGUGAGAUUCGGUAGCGCGAAGAGGGCGGCGGAGUUGAAGCUUUUCUUGGAAGAUCCGGAGAACUUCGAUACUCUUGCUGUCGUCUUUAACAAAUCAAGCAGAUUUGGGAAAUUACAAAGCAUCAAAUGUGCUAUUGCUGGGAAGAACACAUACAUUAGGUUUUGUUGCAGUACUGGUGAUGCCAUGGGGAUGAACAUGGUCUCAAAGGGUGUCCAAAAUGUUCUUGAUUACCUUCAGACCGAUUUCCCUGAUAUGGACGUCAUGGGCAUUUCCGGAAACUAUUGCUCGGACAAGAAACCGGCAGCGGUGAACUGGAUAGAAGGGCGUGGGAAGUCAGUGGUAUGCGAGGCGGUGAUCAAGGAAGAGGUGGUGAGAAAGGUCCUGAAAACCAACGUAGCCGCCUUAGUUGAGUUGAACAUGCUCAAGAAUCUCACCGGAUCCGCCAUGGCUGGUGCACUUGGUGGCUUCAAUGCACAUGCUAGCAAUAUAGUUGCCGCUGUAUAUAUAGCCACCGGUCAAGACCCAGCUCAAAAUGUCGAGAGUUCUCACUGCAUCACCAUGAUGGAAGCCAUUAAUGACGGCAAAGACCUUCAUAUCUCCGUCACUAUGCCUUCCGUUGAGGUUGGAACAGUUGGAGGGGGUACACAGUUGGCAUCACAGGCAGCAUGCUUGAACCUAUUGGGUGUGAAAGGUGCAAGCAAAGAAGAACCAGGGUCGAACUCAAGGGUGUUAGCCACCAUAGUAGCUGGCUCGGUUCUUGCUGGGGAGUUAUCUUUGAUGUCAGCAAUUGCAGCUGGUCAGCUGGUCAAGAGCCACAUGAAAUACAACAGAUCAACCAGAGAUAUGACCAAAUUAGCUCCUUAAUUAAUUAGUCCCUGCAUGCUGCGCGCAUGCUUUCAUCUAUUCAUGGUUUACGUUGUAUAAUUUGCAAGAAUUUAUAAUAAAAGUUGUACUUAUAAAUUGAACACUCACA